AUGUUGCAGUCGGUCGGUAACGAGCACGACGACCAAUUUGAAUCCGGUCAAGCCAACUCGAUCGAGGCCCUAGUCGCAGCACGGAAUGACGGUAGAAAGCAUCUGCUUCUUGCUGCAUCGGGAUCAGUAGCUACCAUCAAGAUUCCCGUCAUCGUCGCAGCCCUGGCAAAGUAUGAGAGCACGCUGUCCAUCCGUAUCGUCCUGACCGAACCUGCCACCCACUUCCUCGGCGGACAGAGCACCGAGCAGCCCACAGUGUCCUCGCUGCUGAACCUACCCAACGUCGACGCCGUCUACCGGGAUCGUGAUGAAUGGGGUCCGCGGCCAUGGCGUCGCGGCGCGAGGGCGGAUCUAUUAGUGGUUGCCCCAUUAAGUGCAAACACCUUAGCAAAGGUCGUCAACGGCAUGUCAGAUAAUCUCCUCACCUCGAUCAUCCGUGCCUGGGAUACGGAUGCCAGCAUCGACAUGAAGAAGAAGAUUAUUCUCGUUGCCCCGGCAAUGAACUCGGCCAUGUGGCGGCACCCUGUCACGGAGAAACAGAUCCAGGUGCUCACCGACGACUGGGGUGUCAAGGAGGAGGCGGUCGGCGCUGCUGGAGAAGCUCGAGCAAUCGUGGGUUGGUUUAAGGUCAUUGCGGUAAGUUCGGCCCCCCCUCCGCCAACACUCGCCUGCGGCGACACGGGAGGUGCUAUGGCCUCGGUCGAGUCCAUCUGUGCGGCCAUUGAGCAGAAUUUGAACCUUGUAACAACUGGAGAACUUCUGGAGUAA